UUAGACUACUUAAAGUCAGCUAAACAGGAACAAAGGGAAGAUAGCCCAGAGAUUAGAAUUAUUUUCCAGUAGGCCUACCUAUUGAAUGUUAAAAUAGGCUAGUUUACAGCAUAGCAGGCUACAUAGCCCUACAAUAGGAUCAUAUCCAUUUGGUUAAGGGUAUCUAGGGUAGCCUAAACAAGAGCUCUUAGAAAUGCUAUAGCUAGCCUAUGCCUCCGUUUAUAGGCUAUUGAACAGGACGGGCGGAGGAACCGGGACCCAUUGUACCAAAGUGACGUCACGAAGUGCCAUUCGGCUGCGGGAGGGGAGGGGGUGUAAGCAGGCUUCUGAAUGAUUUAAAAGGCUCUCGCCUCCCACCGCCUCCUGGUGAUGCGCGAGAUGCUGCUGCUGCUGCUGAAGAGAGAGAAGGAGAAGAGAGAGAAGGAGAAGAGAGAGAAGGAGAAUAGAGAGAGGGAAGAGAAAGAGAGAGAGGCAGAGAGAGCGAGAAAGGGCGAGCGAGAGAGGAGAGAGAGAGAGAGACUGCAACAGCAGCCGACAUGGAGCUCGAGCCUUUCCGGGGGAGAGCGAGCAUCCUCUAAUCUGCCAGGGUCACGGCAGAAUACAUGGACACCUGAGACAACAGACUACACUUCUAUAUCACCAUGAGGAACUGCUGACACCCCCCUCACCUGACUACCAGAGAGAACACACUUUCUUCCUCCCAUCCUCUCUCCCACUCCGCCCGCCUUCACAAGGAUAAAACGUUAUUUUCAAAAGUGGAAAAAGUGAACGCCAGAGGACAAAAUAGAGAAAAAAGCUAAAGCCCUCUCUUGACCCUUGAUCUCUAACCCCUGACCUGUGACCUCAGUAUGUCAGGUCUGCGUGGUAAGCUGCAGCGUGUCCAGUGGCGGGCAGGAUGGCACUCCUUCACCUCCAGAGUCCUCAGGACCAAACCGGUAGAGAGCAUGUUGGACUCUGGGACAGGUGGUACCAGCAGCCAUGGCACCAAACUAGCGAGGGUGUUGUCCACGGUAGACCUGGUGUCACUAGGGGUGGGCAGCUGCGUUGGCACGGGGAUGUACGUGGUCUCUGGGCUGGUUGCCAAGGAGAUGGCCGGACCUGGCGUCAUCGUCUCCUUCAUCAUCGCUGCUGUCGCCUCUAUACUGUCAGGUGUGUGUUAUGCUGAAUUUGGGGUUCGCGUUCCCAAGACAACAGGCUCAGCCUACACCUACAGCUACGUGACAGUGGGGGAGUGUGUGGCCUUUUUCAUUGGCUGGAACCUGAUCCUGGAGUACCUGAUUGGUACAGCCGCGGGGGCGUCGGCUCUCAGCAGCAUGGCGGACUCACUAGCCAAUAAAAGCAUCUCUACGUUUAUGACUACACACAUCGGAACAUUCAACGGCCUGGGUAAAGGAGAGCAGUCGUACCCAGACCUCCUGGCCCUGCUGAUAGCAGUGAUAGUGACAGUGAUCGUGGCCCUGGGGGUGAAGAACUCAGUAGGGUUUAAUAAUGUGUUGAAUGUGAUCAACCUGAUGGUGUGGGUCUUCAUGAUGGUGGCCGGACUCUUCUUCGUCAACGGACACAACUGGGACGAUGGAAGGUUCCUACCCUUCGGGUGGUCAGGGGUGAUGCAGGGAGCAGCAACAUGUUUCUAUGCCUUCAUAGGGUUUGACAUCAUCGCUACAACAGGAGAGGAAGCCAAGAGUCCCAACACCUCUAUACCCUAUGCUAUUACUGUUUCCCUCAUCACCUGCCUUACUGCAUACGUCUCUGUAUCAGUGAUUCUGACUCUGAUGGUUCCCUAUACAGAGAUCGAUGCAGACGCUCCCCUGAUGGAGAUGUUUGCUGUCCAUGGCUGUUAUUUUGCUAAGUACAUAGUAGCAGUAGGCUCUGUAGCUGGCCUGUCUGUCAGUCUCCUGGGCUCUCUGUUCCCCAUGCCACGAGUCAUCUACGCUAUGGCUGGAGACGGACUGCUGUUCAGGUUCCUGGCCCAUGUUUCUCCCUACACUGAGACUCCAGCAGUGGCAUGUGUUGUGUCUGGCUGUCUGGCUGCUCUCCUCUCUCUCCUCGUCUCCCUACGAGAUCUCAUAGAGAUGAUGUCCAUAGGAACACUACUGGCUUACACACUGGUUAGUGUGUGUGUGUUGUUGCUACGCUACCAGCCAGAAUCAGACAUCCACGGCUUUGUGAACUUCCUGUCUGAGGAGCAGUCCAAUAAGAAGAAGGAGGGCGUGUUAGCUGAGUGUGAGAAGGAAGUGUGCUCUCCAAUUAGUGAAGUAGAUGACUACGGAGGACCUCAAACUAACACCUGUGGAGCUAAGAAUCUCCCCUCGCUAGGUGACAACGAGAUGCUGAUUGGUAAACCAGAUAAAACCACUUACUCUGCCAGCCACCCGAACUACGGCACCGUCGACAUGGGCUCCGGUAUCGAAUCAGAAGAGUCGGAGGGCGGGAUGUCGUGGAGGUUGAAGAAGCUGAUUGGUCCGCGGUACUACACCAUGAGGAUCCGAUUGGGCCUGCCUGGGAAGAUGGACCGGCCCACUCCGGCAACGGGAAAGACAGUUACAGUCUGUGUCCUCCUCCUCUUCCUCGUCGUCUUCAUCUUCAACUCCUUCAUCAUCUUCGGAGCGGCCAGCAUCGGUGAUGGCAGCUGGUGGGCUAUUCUCCUGCUGAUCUUCCUGGUCAUCUUCAUGGCCCUCCUCAUCGUCAUCAUCCUGCAGCAGCCAGAGAACCCUAAGCGACUGCCCUACAUGGCUCCGGCUGUUCCCUGGGUUCCUGCUGCUGCCAUGCUGGUCAACAGCUACCUGAUGUUAAAACUGUCUGCCAUCACCUGGAUACGCUUCGCUGUCUGGUGUUUCCUAGGUAUCCUGAUCUACUUUGGCUAUGGGAUGUGGAACAGUACUUUGGAGAUCAGGUCCAGGGAGCAGGAGGUCCAUGCGUCUACAUACCAGCGCUACGAUGGUCACCAUGCCGGGGUGGACGACGGCUUCUCAGGCUUCAGCGUUGACGACGACCUCUACCCCCCUAGCAACAACGACCCCUGGGCCGCACCAGACGGUGUCGACGGGUCAGGGCUGGUACCCCCUAAGGCUGAGGAUGAUGAUUGGACGGUUCCGAAGGGAGGAGCUAAGAGAGCGUUAGCGGAGGAGGACCCAGUGGAUUUCUGAGAAGAAAGGAAUGAUGGACGGAUGGACAGAUGUUUCCGAGAGGAUUGAUAGAUGUUACUGUUGUAAACACCCGAAUGUACUGCCUACUGCCGGCUGCCUGCCGGGUGUGUGUGUGUGUGUGUGUGUGUGUGUGUGUGUGUGUGUGUGUGUGUGUGUGUGUGUGUGUGUGUGUGUGUGUGUGUGUGUGUCUGUGUGUCUGUGUGUCUGUGUGUCUGUGUGUCUGUGUGUCUGUGUGAAUGUUUGUGUGGGUCCCUUGUUACUUAUUUCAGUCCAGAGUGAUGACAGACGGGGAGCGACGAGUCAGCAUUUCCUGGUUCACCACACACACGGGAACUUGUCAGAGCGCUGAGCCGAGGUCACUUCCUGUCACUGGUCCAGGUGUCUCUGCUGCUUCUCUCAUCUCACGGAGAGGAAACUAGCUGCACACACACACAGACACACUUCGACACACACCCGCCUCUCCAGUCUCUCUGGGAAGGAGAGGGGCUGAUCGGGUUUUUGUGUCACAUAGUAAUUGGACUUUGCUUGCAAUAGUGCCUUCAUCUGUGUGUGCACGCGUGUGUGUUUUUCUUUUGGCUGUGUGUGUGCAUGCGUGCGUGUGUGUGUACGCUUUUACACCUUGUAUCUAUGUCCCCUUCAGGGUCUUACCAGUGGAGUGUGUUUGUGACUUAUUUUUCUCCAUCCCACUCUCUAUGAAUUCCCUCCCCCCACAAGCCCCUGUUGCUGCGUUACUAGAGCUCAGAAUGAAGAGCUUCUAAAUGACAGAUUUGUUGUAAACAGAGUUAUGGAUGCCUCCCUGCUCUGCUCUACCUACAGGUGUGCUAAAUCACCAAAUGAAUGUUACUAUAUUAGAAAGAAGACGAGAUGAGAAUUGCUCUCACAUCAGACAAAUAUCUCUGAGUGUUUAGUCACAUAGAACCCUCUAAUUCUAUGGUCUCCACCCCCUUGGGGAAGCCUUACUUGUCAAAUGCACUAAACUAAAGAUGCCACGCGACCCCUCCUACUCUCCACGACCCCUAACCGCUGACCUCUAUCCCUAACCACACUACCUAGGGUUCUCUCUGCUGUUCAGGGGUGGGCUCGCUUGUGUUGCCCAGUGAAACACACACACACACACACACACACACACACACACACACACACACACACACACACACACACACACACACACACACACACACACACACACACACACACACACACACACACACACACACACACACAGUUCAGCUGAACCCAAAACCAGAAAGGGGCUUCAGUAGGCACUCUGUGCUCCUUAGUUGUACUGUAAAUAUUAUGUCUCUGUGUGUGUGCACGUGUGUGUGUGUGUUCCAUGCCUGUGGCUAUGUAACGUGGCUGGCUGGCGAAUGUGAUAGCAUGCUAAUGUGUAUAGCAUGGUUGUAGAUGUUGUAUUUGCAUGUGGUGACCGACGGCUAAGAGACAUUAUAGAACUAACAACACCCUACUCCAAGCUGACCCCUGACCCCUGAUAAGGGAAACUAUAGGGCGAAGGGGACUGGUCGAUCUGGAACUGGGGUAUGAUAUAUAGCAAAUUUAGAAGGUGGUGGUUCUUUGGUUUCAUCUCCACCCCUCACCACCGCUCACUCCACCCCUUACCCCCACACCCUGUGUUUACAAGCAAGCCAAAGUCCACAACAUUUGUUAAAUUUGUAGAGAACAAAAUAACCAUGAGAAUCCAAUAGACCGUAGACCUGUACAAUAGAUAGUAUAGAAUAGAAGUCACUCACGGUAUAUUCGAAGGUUACACCGUAACCCUAUACGUUCUGCUUAUAAACGGUUAAUAAUCGCUACAACAGGGUUUGUUUAGGUCAAACUGAAUGAUGAAUGAUAACUAUUCAAUCAGGAUCCACCUGGAACCAAAUUUAAAAAGACCCAAAUAAUGGCAUUUUUCUAUUGAUGCAGUUUACUAAGGGUUAACUACAUAUUUAAUAAUGGUUUAGAAGCCAUUUUUAAGCAGAAUUCAAGUUGUACUGAAACCACUUGGUAGAGUAGACACAUGCAAUUACAUUCACUAGCUAGAGUAAAUACAUACAGUUACAUCCAACAGCAUCGACACAAAAACACGAGGAAAAACUAUCAAACAAAAAUAUGAGUAUUUUUCUACUGCUGGGUCUCGCCCACACCUAUCCCUAACCACACUACCCAGGUCCUCCAAUGGUGGGCCUCCACAGUAAGUGGGUGAGGUUUAUCCACUUUCACUUCUUGUGUUUCGCCCAAUCAGAGCUCAGCUUGGGAGGAAACGGCAAAAGCUUAUACUUUUAACUACUUCUAUCUUUAGUCGUAUAAGGUUAAGUUAAAUAAAUAUGUCUUUUCUUUUAACAUUUAUUACAGUCUAAAGUAGGCAAAUUAGAAGGUUAUAAAAACAUUAAAAAACAAUAAAAUACUAUUUUAUUACAACACUAAAGAGAAUGUUGCCCCUGUUGCUUUUAAAGUCUGAGGUGCUGUUUGUUUGUUCAUUUUGUCUCGGGAGAAGGUGUGCCAUGUUUCUGUCCACUUCCUGGUAUUCAAUCAUAAUGCAUUCCGUUUUGAACCGCACAGGACGUCAACAAUCUUCCUAACAGCUUCCUAAAGCCCAUUUAGGAACGGGUGAUAUAAAUUAACGCCAGCUAUCCACAUUGGUUAAAUUGCUGGUUUACUCAAUAGGUCAAUGAAAUGCACUGCGAUUGAAUUCCUGCCUCUCUCUCUCUCCUGCUGUGGCUGGCUGUCUUUGUGGGAUGUUGAUACUGGCUUCAGUUUGCUGACUAGAUAUUUGUUUUUCUUCUGUAUAUUUUUGGUAUCUGAAGUUGUAAAAUGUUCUGAUGUAUUUCUGUUAUUGUUUUUGACUUCGUCUGAAAUGACACCCUAUCAGGACUCUGGCCAAAAGUAGUGCACUAUAAAGGGAAUAGGGUGCCAUUUUGAAUGCAGGCCCUAUGUGUGUUUCAGCUCCUGAGUGCACUUGUUUAAGCUGAGUUGUCGAUAUCGCCUCCAUGCAACAAUGAAACAUUAUUUAUUGCAAAUAUGAA